AUGAUUAUGCAUUUCGUAAUUAGGGAAAGUAAAUCUAUCGACCUAUCAAGCGUUUGUUUCGAAAAUUUGCAAAAAAAAAAUUUGUUCGAAGCCUAGGGUUUUGUCCAUCUCUGUCUAGAACAGAUGGCACCAUUUAUCAACAAACAACAAAAACAAAUGUCAACGAAUGUAUGAAAUGUACCAAAAGCUGCCAAAAAUUAUUUGAUUUAUCAUAUAAAAUUGUCAAAUUAUUUACAGUACUUUCCUAAACAAUAUUAAGCCUUCUAAUUAUGUUCAAUUGCGACCCAUGAAUUAAUCAAACCUUUCAAACAAACUGUAUCAUAACAUUGUCAAUGUGAACCAAAUGCUUGUUACAGUAAGUAACGAGUGACAAAUAGAAAAUUGUAAAAGUCCACAAUAUUUAACUUACUAUAUAUAACAAUAUCAUGGCAAUAAAGCUACAAUCCCAACUGUGGAAUCCCUUGGAAAUGAAGAAUAUUAAAUUAUAAGUCAUCAAACUCUGUGAAUACAAUUAAACCUCAAGAUCCAACUAAAUUAUAAGUCUUUGAACUCUCUGAAUACAAUUAAACCUUAAGACCUCAACUAAAUUAUAUUGCAUUAAAGUAUUUUCGAAAUGAAUAAACCACAAGAGCUUGUAACAUCUAAUGAAACUGUUUCUAAUACAUCGAAAACAAGUUCUGCUUCAAAUUUGCAAGAAAAAUGUUGCGCAUUACUUUGUAGCUGCUUCAAAGUCAAUCGUAGAAGACGGUCCAAGGAAAAUUUUAAUUGUGAACCGAAGGAAUGUGAUUACAUAGUUGAGAAACUUGUUGUAAAGCAUGUGCCUUUUACAUUCUUUACAGAAUCUCAGAAUAAUGAUACUCCUAAACAAAAUAAAGCAAUUAUUACUCAUUCUGUUCAGAACAUGUUUUAUAAUUUUACAAACUUCCAAAAAGCAAUUGUUGAUAGAAAUCAACUGAACAUAGGGAAUUAUAAUUUACAGCACAUUGAUAUAAAGCCACAAAUUAACAAUAGAUUGCCAUGUAAACAAAUAUCUGCAGAUGAUGAAUUUUUAAUUGAAAAUAUAAAUACUAACGAAUCGACUAUAACGUUUAGGUGGAAAAUCAUUGUGAAACAUUAUAAACCUAACGUGACAAAUUAUUCCAAAAGUUCUGAGAGUAAGAUGUUAAGCCACAGAAGGACAAGAAAAAAGUCUCAUAAGCUCCAAGACCUACACACAGAUAAACCUGAAAUAAAUUAA